UGAUUUAUUUUUUAUAACUUCAUUUUGCAGGAGUAGGAAGGAAUGGCCUGUUAUGGAGCUCCUAUAGGAGAAAGAUGUCGUUUUUGCGGCUUAGAUCUUCCACCUGAUGCCGUUGCUGUCAUGACACACAUAAACAAUCAUUGGAGACAGUUUAACUUGGAGUCUUUGGCUCUAAGUCCAUGUGCUUUUGAACCUCAAUUAGACAUUCGGGUCGGAAAUACCCCUUUGAAUCCAGAAGAUCUAGAAGUCUCUUCUCACUUCGAGCAAGGAUUUCAGUACACUUAUUCUCCUCAGACAGAGCCUUCAAAUUUAACAGUAAAUGGAACAAGAUGUUCACCUUUAAAUUUAACUGGAAGACCAAAGUCUUCAUCACCACUAUCUUCACCCAUGCCUCAUCAUCAGCCCCCAUUACCAGCUGCUCCACCUCUACACCAUCAUCCUUCACCCAUACCAGGUGGUGGUAAUGUAAAUAUUCCUCCUGCUAGUCAUCCUCACCAUUCUUAUCCAAUAGGAAUAAUGGGUAAUCAUCAAGGUAUGAUCCAGGUACCGUCUGUGCAUGCUAAUGAAAACCACAUAACUAUGGAAGGACAUUAUGAAGCACACGAAGAACAUAGUUGUGUCAUGAAAAGGAAGAGACGACAUGAACGCUAUAUGGAACUGAAGUGUCAGGCUUGUGGUAGAUCAUUCUAUACCAAAGCUUCAUUUGAUGAGCAUAUGGAUAAUCAUAUUAAAGACAAUUCUUAUAUGUUAGGGGAACAAAUUGACACUGGCCAAACCAUUCCAAAUACAUUGCAAUGCUCACUAGUUGAUAAACCUUAUAAGUGUGCUAUGUGUGAUACAGAAUUUACUUAUAGAGAAGAGUUGUUAGAGCAUGUGGAGGGUCAUGAGGCAGCCAAGCCAUAUAAGUGUGACAUCUGUGGUGCUGGUUUAUCUCAUACUAGUGCCCUGCGGCGACACAGACUUGCUCAUAGCGGCUACAAACCACAUCGAUGUGAAAUCUGCAGCCGUAGUUUUUUCCAGAAAUGUGACCUUCAGAGACAUUACAUUACACAUAAUAAAUCAAAGCAGUAUGAAUGUAGUAUAUGUAAGAAAAAAUAUUCUUCCCUUCACUUCCUUGAAAAUCAUAAAUGUAAAGCCCCAGAAGAACCCAAACCAUUCAAGUGUAACAUAUGUGGUGAAGGAUGUGCUAAUAAUAUGGCAUGGAGUUACCACAUGUGGAAACAUACCAAAAAUCCUAUUUUUGUUCCAUUCCAGGAGAAAUUUACUUUCCAGACAGGUCAGCCAGAAUGAAACUGAAAAGCUAUGCUCCAAAGCACUGUCUUUGCUUUAUAAUGAAGUGGAUAGAUUUGAACGAUGACUAAUUUGACAGUUAAGUAAAAUAUUUGAAUAUAA